UCGGAAAUUGUCACUCUUACUCAUCACCGAGAAGGAAAACUUAACCAUGAAGUGCUUGAUUCUUGUAGCCCUCUUCGCCGUUUCUCAGGCUCAAUUCGUCUACCACCAUGGACUUGGUUCUAGUGCUCAAUUCCGUAGCCAGGACAUCGCUGGAAACUAUCAUUUUGGCUACAACGAGGGUCACGCUACUGGUGGCACCUUCCGUAGAGAGUCUGGUGACAUCGCUGGCAACAAAGUCGGUUCCUAUGGACUUUCCGAUGCUGAUGGACGCAGAAGAGUAGUCAGCUACGUUGCCGAUGCUGCUGGUUUCCGCGCUAAGGUAGAUACCAAUGAACCAGGUGUUGAUCCAGCUAAAGAUCCAGCUGCCGUCGCUGUCAAUAAGGGUGUUGUACCUCACCACAUUCCUUACUACGGACACCAUUACUAUGGUCAUUAUCCCUUCGAAGUGUUACUACUCUUUAGCGUAAUUUUUGCAGCUUUACUCUCCAGUUACUUGUGUUUAGAUUAUUCAGAAACUCACUACUCGUCCGACCCCUACGGCAACAUAAAAUACAGUUAUACCUUACAAACCGGAAACAGCAAGGUACAAUUUCGUCAGGAAGAACCGAAUAAACGUCUCCCGCCUAUAGCUCCACCGCCCUUGAUAUACCGUCCAGUCUUCGGUUUUGGUGGUUUUCGACCCUUACAAUACAGGCCCAUAUUUCUGCAGAUAAUUCAACCGCGAGCUCUGGUACUCGAACCCAGUGCCACAGCAAAUGGAGCGGUUACCAAACGUAUAACCAGAGCGAAACCUGCGGAAGCGGACAAAGAAAAACUGUCAAGAAUCAUUUGCCUUAUUUUAGCCACUGUAAUCUGCGCAUCGGCUAGAAGCCCUUACGGUGAUAACUAUCAACCAGCAGCGGCAACUAAUGUUGGCGGGGGUUAUAGACCUCCUCAACCCGGACGUUUUCGCCCAGAUGAGAACUACCCUCCCCAACCCUACCAAUUCAAUUACAACAUAGACGAUGGCUUCGGCAAUCAGCAGUACCGUCAAGAAACGGGUGACCAGAACGGAGCCGUAAAAGGAACUUAUGGCUACUACGACGCCAAUGGAGUAUACAGAAACGUGGAUUACGUUGCAGAUGCUUAUGGAUUUAGAGCCACCAUUCGCACUAACGAACCGGGUGUAGGCGCAGACAACCCAGCUGACGUCAGCAUCGACGCCCAACCACCCCCAGCCGGUCUUCAAGAGAGAUAUACCAAAGCUGGAGGUGGAUACGUUCCACCCCCAAGUUCACAUAGAAGACCACCAUCACCAUCGGGAGGAAUCAGAAGGCCAGUAGCCGUGCUAUUCUCCAUUAUUGCCUACACUUUGGCAGGAUAUUUAUAUAAGGCACCAGUGGUUUACAAACCGGCACCGUACGUAGCCAAACCCUUCUACGCUCCUGCACCUUAUUACGAGAAACCCAAACCGUACGAUUUCGGAUAUGAAACCGUUGAUGAAUUUGGCAGCAAGCAACACAGACAGGAAACUGGUGAUGGUGCCGGUGGAGUAACAGGAAGCUACGGUUACGUCGAUCCUUGGGGCAUCUACCGUCAAGUAGAUUACAUUGCUGAUGAAUUAGGAUACAGAGCUACAGUUAAGACCAACGAACCAGGAACCGCCAACCAAAACCCAGCCGCUGUCAACGUUGUUGCAGACCCAGUCCCAGCUCCCGCACCACCCCCGAAAGUAUACGUUAAGCCCGUUGUUCCAGUAGUCAAGAAGGUAGUAGCCGCAGCACCUUACUACCCCCCACCCCCACCCCAUCCCUAUGGCCCAUACCCAGGACCAGUGGUUAAGGCUGUAGCACCCGUCUAUGCCGGACCAGUUGUAAAGAAGAUCUACGCUCCCAAACCUUACGAUUUUGGAUACGACGUGCAAGAUUCGUAUGGGAAUCAACAGUUCCGUAAAGAGACCAGCGAUGGAAAGGGAAGAGUAGUUGGAUCCUACGGAUAUACAGAUGCAUACGGGAUAUAUCGCAUUGUGGAAUAUGUAGCAGACGAAUUUGGAUACAGGGCGAAGGUCAAGACAAACGAACCGGGCACAGCUAACCAGAAUCCUGCACACGUAACAGUACGUUCGCAAGCGAUACCACACGUCCCACAUUACAAGAAACCCAUUUAUUACUGA